AUGCUACAUAUCAAUUUCUUCGAGCUCAAGGGGGUCAAGCCGGAUCCAGACCUGUAUCAGUACUCUCUCGCAUUCUCCAACGACAAGCUCUCCAAGCCCCAGAAGAAGCGGUUGAUCGAAUCCCUCUUGAGCACGCUGCCUUUCUCAGCAGCCAAUAUUGCCACUGACUGGAACCAGAAGCUAGUCCCUUUCGUCAAGUUGAAAUUCGACGAGGAAUACACUGUCGUACACUAUCCUGAGGGUGACGAUCCAUUUCCUUCUCCCACGAACGACGACACUGGACUAGCCAAUGCGCGUCGAAGGGACACUUACCAGAUCACCGGCGAAGAAGUUGGCACUGUAUAG